GGUGUCAGCCUGGAUUGUGUUCAUUGAAGGAAACUGUAUUCUCUAACAGUGCUUGGGAAUAGGAGCAGGAGGGUUUUCACCAAGUGACAGUCGCUCAGCACUGGGUCUACCCCCUCCUCCUCUGCACACCUGUAAGAUCCUUUUGUCUGGACUGAAUAUUUAAAUUACAUCUCUACUUUGGAAGUUCUUCUUGCAAAUCCCAGGAUUACAAGGUUACUUCAUAUUGAUAGUGAUAAAUGAUCUGACAAUAUGAGGGCAGCUAUCAUUCUCACUUUGUUUGUCACAUUCUGCUACUCCAAGCCCUUCCACCAAAGAGGUAUAUUUGAUUUUAUGCUCGAAGAUGAUGGAUCUGGUAUUGACAUCAAAGAAGAUAUAGAGCCAGUUGGACCUAUGUGCCCAUUCCGCUGUCAGUGUCACCUUCGUGUUGUCCAAUGCUCUGAUAUUGGGCUGGAUCAAGUGCCAAAAAACAUUCCUCCUGAUACCACUUUACUUGAUUUGCAGAACAACAAAAUUUUGGAAAUCAAAGAUGAUGAUUUUAAAAACCUCAAACAGCUUCAUGCAUUAAUCCUUGUUAAUAAUAAAAUCAAGUCAAUCAGUCCUGGUGCUUUUGCUUCUCUGCCAAAACUGGAAAGACUGUACUUAUCCAAAAACAGCUUAAAAGAGCUUCCAACUAAUAUGCCCAAGUCACUUCAAGAGCUACGUGUGCAUGAGAACUUGUUGACCAAAGUAAAGAAGACUGUGUUUGAUGGACUGAAUAACAUGAUUGUAAUCGAACUGGGCACAAAUCCAAUAGAUAGUUCUGGGAUUGAAAAAGGAGCUUUUCAAGGCAUGAAGAAACUAUCCUACCUCCGAAUUGCAGACACUAAUAUAACCAACGUCCCUAAAGGUCUGCCAACUUCUCUAACUGAGCUGCAUCUUGAUGGUAACAAAAUUGCAAAAGUUGAUGCAGACAGUCUCAAUGGCCUGAACAACCUUGCAAAAUUGGGGUUGAGCUACAACAAUAUCAUUACAGUUGAAAAUGGGUCCAUUCCUAAUGUACCCCAUUUACGGGAACUACAUUUAGAUCACAACAGUCUGACACAGGUGCCUGCUGGACUCAAUGAACACAAAUACAUCCAGGUUGUGUACCUCCAUAACAACAAAAUUGCUGCUGUCUCAACAAAUGAUUUCUGCCCCACUGGAUACAACACAAAAAAGGCUUCUUAUUCAGGCAUCAGCCUCUUCAGCAAUCCUGUCCAGUACUGGGAAAUCCAGCCAGCCACAUUCCGAUGUGUAUAUGAACGCUCUGCUAUUCAAAUUGGAAACUACAAGUAAAAGUGAUUUGCUGGCCAAUGUAUUUUAUUUCCAUUAAAUGUUCCUUUGUUUGUCUGCAUAUUUGUUUCAAAAAACCUUAGCAACAAAUAAAAAGUCAAAUACUGGAAAUGGCCCAAAAUAAUAAUUUGUGACCGUGUUUCAUGAAACAUUGGCUUCUUGGAUC